ACAAUGUUGCUGAAGAUUUAGAAAAAGUUAAGACGUCGGAAAAUGUUUUAAUAUUCGCUGACAAAACCAGAAAUAUUUACGAAGUAACACCUGGAGCAUAUGAUAAACUAAUGAGUGAUGACAUUACUAAAACCUAUAAACUGGGAAGCGACAAUUUAACUGAAGAUAUCAAUACUGAAUUAAAGAACAUUACAAGUAAUUUUUCUAUCGCAGAUCGCGUCGAUACCAUGGCAAAAAGAAACGCAUUUAUAACGCUCAAGGACCACAAAGAUAACUUUGAUUCAAACCCGCAAUGUCGACUAAUUAAUCCAGCAAAGAGCGAGCUUGGUAAGGUAAGUAAAGUCAUACUUGACGAGAUUAAUAACAAGAUUAGAUCAAUACUUAACGUAAACCAGUGGAAGAACUCGUUAUCUGUUAUUGACUGGUUCAGAGAUACCAAUAACAAACCGAACCACACAUUCCUAUCUUUCGAUAUUGUCGAAUUUUACCCAUCCAUUACAGAAAGUCUUCUCGACAAAGUUAUCUCAUGGGCUAAAACAUUAACAAUAAUUACCGAAGAGCAAGUAUCUAUCAUCAAACACGCAAGAAAAUCCUUGCUGUUCUACGGUGAAACGACAUGGGCAAAGAAAAACAACGCGUCGCUAUUUGACGUUACAAUGGGUAGUUAUGAUGGCGCAGAAAUAUGCGACCUUGUCGGCCUAUUCAUUCUAAAAGAAAUUUCGGAUAAUUUUGGGAAAGAAAACGUGGGUUUAUAUCGUGAUGACGGUUUAAUGCUAUUACACGGUAAGAGCGGGAGGCUAGCGGACAAAGCAAGAAAAACAUUGCAUACUAUCUUCCACGAUUUAGGUUUAAAGAUUACAGCCGAAGUCAACAAUCACAUC